UUUAUAAUAUUGGAGACGGUUACAUUUUUGUUCAAUAUAAUUUAUUGUGUUUAUAGUAAUAGUAGAGUAGGCUCCAUCGAGUAGUGCUUGCUCAGCGUAGCAGGACCCGGCGCACGUUCACGCCCUCGAUGCCGCACACAAAGUGGCGUCUGGGAAUGUAACAAGAUCCACUCCCUUUGUCGCACCAACUCCCUGCGUCGUAGUUCGACAACCUGACCAGUCUCUGUAACCACUUGAACUACGUGGACGUUUGUUUUCACUAAAAUAUCUAAAUGCCCAGUACCACAUCGACAACUUUUAACACGGUGCCUAACGCGCAGUGACGGGAAGUGCUCGUUUCCCAGAAAUGCAAACCUUUUACGAUGAUCUUGAAGAUGAGUGCCCGUGGUAUUACUUUGAUGGUUCCUAUAAACUUCUGCUGGGAGCUUGCCUAUUUGUAUUUGGUGUGUUCGGGGUGCUGCUCAACGGUUGGCUUUUUGCCACAUUCAUCCACAGUCAUCUGCUCAUAUUCAGAAGUCAUAUAUUGGUACUUAAUUUGUGCACAGCGUCUCUGGGUCGAAAUCUUGUCGGAUUUCCUUUCGCGGGAUCAUCGGCGGUGGCAAAAAGAUGGUUGUUCGGUUCAUCGUGCUGUCAACUUUUUGCAUUUCUCAAUCAAUUCUUUGGUGUAUUCCAAAUGACUGCCCUGUUUGUGGCAGUAUUGGAACGAUAUUUGUUAGCAAAGUACUACAGACGUGAAAGAAUACUUCAUUUGCGGCUAUACUGGAUCCUGGUUGGUUUAAGCUGGUUCAACUCGGUGAUAUUUGCGACCCCACCGUUGUUCGGAUAUGGAAAAUUCUCAUGUGACUCAACCGGAACGUCCUGUACAUUCCUGUGGCCGUCCAUAGCGUCCGGAGCUAAGCAUAUUGGAUACAGCAUACCUUACAUCCUUGUGUGUGGGGUCAUACCGGUCGUUGCAAUAUUCUUCUACAUGGGAAAAUCAAUCAGGCUAGAAAGAAUAUUCUACAAAGAUGAACAACAAAGAGAACAAUCACGGCUCACACAGAGUAUUCACGCGGUUUGUGUUGCUACAUUUGCCCUAUGGAUUCCUGCUGCAAUCUUGGUUGGCUGGCAAUGGUUACCAUUGCUUGCAUACGGAUACAGACCACACGUACCACCCGCUUUGGCAAUAAUUGCGUCUAUAGCUUCGGAGGCAGCGACGAGUGUUCCAGUACUUUGCUUCAUAGCUGGUGAUGAACGGCUCCGAGCAGCUUUACUAGGACGCAUGCGCAAACAGUAUGCUCUACUUCAACCAGAACGAGCCAAGAGAUAUUUAAAUAGAGCUUAGAAAGACGUUGGACCUUGAAUAGUUCAUGUCUAAGCGACCUUUAUCGAAGGUAUUCCAAAUGAUGCCCCUCAGGAUCCGAAAAGUGGAAAUUCAUGAUGCUAUAACGAAGUACUUAAUUCUUGGUACAUUAACAUUUGAAAUGUAUAUCCUUACGCUUAAAAUAAAAGUUAAAGUUUCAUACGAACUACUUGUACUACCUUGUCUACCUAUAAAACCAUCGUAUUGUUUAGCUUGUCGGUACAAGCGCCUUUCUUCUAGCUACUUGUAUCAGUUGUAACAAUGGGCUAAGCAGCGCGUGACGUAACUGGUUUGGUAGAUAAAGAUUCAAGAUGCAACUUGAGAUUCAGGUUCCAUGAACAUUAAGGUCUUGGUGUGACUUGUCACUCGUCUUCCACACUUGCGUAACACACCUUAGUUGUCUCCGGACUAAUUCUUGAUGGAAAAGAGUUAUUUGAAAGUUAAUUAAAAGUGCUUUAGAAAUAUUUUGCGUAAAUUUACCAUGACGACUGUUAGUUUCGAGUAUGGUGAAAAUAAGGAUACCUGUAUUUGGAAUGGUUUGUUUAAUAAUGAGGAGAGAGUCACUUUGCAACGAGGCUUCCU